AUGUAUAAAAGAAAGAGGGAACGGUCAAUUAAUAUCUCAGAUAUUCCUCCGGAUGUUUUAAAAAUUAUCAUUUCCUACUCUCCCAGAGAAUUUCUGCCACUGUCGCGGUAUUUCUGUAGAACAACAAGGGGAUUGAGGAGGGAGAUCAACAUCGCAAACACCAAAAAAUACUCAAUCGAUUCGAAGUCUAUUUUUAAAACAAUCUUCAGUUCAUUCAACAUCACCACUCUCAACGUCAGCGGUUGGAGCAAAUGGAACGACACAUCUGUACAAUAUCUGUCUAGACUGAUGCAGUCUGGUUACUUUAAGUCGCUGAAUUCGCUGUAUAUGCGGCACUGUAACAAUAUUAGCAAUAAAUCGUUACACAGUUUUCUUCCCAUCAUUGGGAGGAAUCUUUUAAAUUUGGACCUGUACAACUGUAAGAAUGUAAAUUAUAAGGUUUUCGGGUCGUAUAACCCUAAUCUGAAGACUCUGCUCUUUGGAUUCCUCAAACGCUCCGACAUUCCCGUCGAGAACACCGCCAACGUGUUGGACUAUUUGUUUAACACUCAGGUGAAUGGAAAUACCAGGAUCCUGUUUCCGAAGCUGCAAAAGCUCCAGUUGCAUAACUACAUUGGCGUUAAAUCGCUAUCGCCCUUGAUCAAUAUUGCAAGCACGCUCAAGUCUCUCGACAUUAGGGGAUGUACUGGCAUCGAGGUUGGCGAAUUCAACCUUAUUUCCAAGUUGACUGCGUUGGAGGAGCUACACAUAGGACUCCCGGUGGAUGCUGAAACUCUCGUUAACAUUGUCACUUCUUGUACCAACAUUUCCGUUUUGGACGUUUCUGAGUCCGCCGUCACUUCUAGCGUCGUUGACGCAAUUUGCAACAAUCUCACCAUGCUGUCCAGACUCAAGCUUACCAAAUGCGGGUACGAACGUUUUAUCACUCCCACUUCUUUCAGGACUAUUAACAACGAGUUUCUGAUUAAGCUGCUGUCCAGCCUCUCGAAGCUAUCGCUGAUCGACGUCUCUCACUGCUGGAGGCUCACCAACUCAAUGUUGGACUCAAUAACUAAAAUUGCCUCUGGCAACAACCUAUCUAAAAUAGGCGUUUACAUGUGCUCUCUCGACAACUCGAAGUUGUUGUACAAGUUCAACUGCGCUGGCGCAAACAACGUAAUACCGGUCAUACACAACGAGCUGCAAAUAGACGUGAAUUAA